UACUGUGAUUGCCGCAUUAGCGGAGGCCCAGUUUGGUGUUAAACAGUAGUUUUAGUGGUAAGCGAUUAAAGUAGAAAUGGAUAAAUUAACGCAGUUCGUGUCGAAAUCUUUUAAUGAAAGCGUCGCGAGUGCGGUGGAAAUAAAAGAGGAACAAAAAUCGGAUGAUGGACAUACGCAACAAAAUUUGGAAAUGAUGACCACAACGAUUUACCAAGAUGGACACUAUCAUCAUAAGCAACAGGACGAUUUGGACGACGAGAAAAAUUCAAAACCGUCUGCCAAGAAUUGGCUCAUUUCCGAUCAUUAUCCGUCGAAACCUUCAAAUCCCAUCUGCGGCAUAGAUCUUAGUAUAAACGCGAAAAAAAAUAAUAAUCCAAGUCCCUGUUUAUUUCUCGACGAAAAAUCCGACUCUCCAAAAUCCAGAUUAUCUUCAUCUCCUAUCGAUUUGGACGUUGAAGAAUGUAAAUCACCCGAAAAUACUAGUAUUACCGACGAAAGAACUUCAAUUGAUGAGUCAAAAAAAUCUCGAUCAGCCUCGUUUGGUGACGUAACCGGCGGACAAAAGGAGAAAAUGCCGGACGGCGCGGGGUUGUUGCCGACGGGCGUAGCGGACGUCGCGACGUCCAACGUGGAUCGAGAUGUCUUACAAAAAGAUAAACAUUCGCAGCUGACGGUUUCGGUGAAGUCUUCGACGAAACAACGACGAUCGAGAACCAAUUUCACUUUGGAGCAACUUAACGAACUUGAGAGGCUCUUCGACGAGACGCAUUAUCCCGACGCUUUCAUGAGGGAGGAGUUAAGCCAAAGGUUGGGUUUAAGUGAAGCGAGAGUUCAGGUUUGGUUCCAGAACAGGCGCGCGAAAUGCCGGAAACACGAGAGUCAAAUGCAAAAGGGAAUGAUGCUCAACAAUCACAGUCCUCCUUCCAGCACGCCUCUGGAACCGUGCAGAGUCGUACCGUACAUGAACGUUCCUGCUUUAAGGGGCCUCUCAUUACCACCCGGGGCGGUCGCUUUAUCGACGUACGACAGACUUACACUUGGAAGUUUCCCACAACAUAGUACAGCUUUUUCUGCAUUUGAUUCCGCCUUUAUUUCUGCAGCACAUCAGUACGCUGCUGCCGUAUCGGUAGGAAAUAAUUCGGCAGCAAGUAUAUUAUGUCAUCCACAAUAUCCGAUUGGUUUCGCCGCGUUGGCAGCGGCACAUAAAAAUUCAAGCAUAGCAGAUUUGAGGUUAAAAGCAAGGAAACACGCGGAAGCAUUAGGACUGUCAUCCAGGGAGAAGACGACGUAAAAAUCAUUCGAUAUAUUUUAAGUUAUACAUAUUUUUAAAUAGGCGGCAACCUAAAUAGUGUCACUAAAUACGAGCAAAUUGUAUUAUUGUAUAGUAUAGAAGUGUAGGUAUCGGUGUCGGUGUUUAUUGGGAAAAGAAAAAAAUUAUUACGUGUAAAUAA